UCACUGAUGCACUGGGGAGGAUCCUGGCAUGGGCCUUGCAGAGCCGUGUUGUCCUUUGUGCAAAUGGUUUAGCAUUUUAGUUCCUGGCGAGGUGCUGUUUUGCCAUGGGUGGUGGCUGUGACUGAUGGCUGCCUAAGGGGAACCUGCCCUGGGAGCGAUGGAGGACGGUGAGCGGCUGGUCCCAGGGAGGUGGGUUGUGUUGGGGUCUGCUCUGCCUGUCGCUGCCUCUGGCUGCCAGCAUGCUUGUUGGACACCAUCCCUGGUCCACAGGAGGCUUUGCCAGGAUGAGCAGGCAAAACUAUUUGCUGGGAGAAGGCUAAAAACCACCUUUGAUCUCUAUUUUCUUCCCUCUCCCUUUGCUAGUGUGAAGCAAGGGUGCUUUGGCAAGCAGCAGCUCUGGGCUGCAUUUGCUGGGGGAGCCUUUUGUGGCUGUGCCCACCGGUUUAGCAGCAGUGCAAGCAGCCCUGUGUUUCAGCCCUGUGUUUCAGUUUCCCAGCCAGCCUGCUCGUCUCUCCCCAUCCGGCGCUGCUGGGCUGGCAGAGCUCUCUCUUGGCUUCCUCUGCCUCAUCAUCCGCUCCCCGUGGCUGCAGAUGAAUUGCGCGAAGCCUGCCUUGCUUAUAAUCCCAUUUCCCAGCAGUGCCGUGCCUGCUGGAGGAGCAGGCGGGGGAGCCCGGGGAAGGGGCUGCUGGUUGUCUGGGAGACCCGGGUUCGGCGGGGCGGGAGCAGCGGCGGGUUCCGCGACGCCUUCGGGAACCGCAGGAGGAGCUGACAGCUGGCACAGGAGCGUCCUUGGAGACCUGGUGGAAGUCCCUCCACGACCUCAGCAUCCUCAGCCGGAUCUUUUUAGUGUGCUAAGAAGGAUCGAGAAACUCCUCCAGAAAGGAGCACUGGAAGCUUCUAGGCAACCUGAAGACCACAGUGGAAGGUUUGGUGUCCACCAGCAACCCGAAUGUCUGGUCCAAGUAUGGCGGCUUGGAACGGCUCUGCAGAGACAUGCACAGCAUCCUCUACCACGGGCUCAUCCACGACAAGGUGUGCUGCAGGCAGAAGGAUUACUGGCAGUUUGUGAAGGACAUUCGCUGGCUGAGUCCCAGCUCCGCUCAUCACCUGGAGAAGUUCAUCAGCCUGCAGGAGAGUGGCCAGCCCAGCCCAGAGGGCCCGGGGGACCAGGCCAUCGCGCAGCUGUGGCUGCAGCACAGCCUGCAGUGCCACUGCCUGUCGGCACAGCUGAGACCGCUCCUGGGGAACCGGCAGUACAUCAGGAAAUUCUACGCAGACACUGCCUUCCUGCUCAGUGACGCCCACGUCACGGCCAUGCUGCAGUGCCUGGAGGCUGUCGAGCAGAACAACCCCAGGCUUCUGGCUCAGAUUGACACCUCCAUGCUGGCCGGCACGUCACUGCCAUCCCUGUGCGCAUCAGGUCCUUCUGCUGGGACAAGAGAGCUGUGUGACCACGACGCUGAAGGACACGAGAGCCAUCUGCCUGGGGCACUGGGCUGCCUGGAUCAUUUCGCUGGAAGCCUGCUUACCAGGAAGAGUGACGUUCCACCUCCGGUGACCAAGAGUCAGAGCCUGACUGCCCUCCCUGCAUCCCCGUACGUCCCUGCUCCAGGCUGCACACAGCAGCGCUGCUUUGGGUCCUUCUCCAGCCUGCACCAUCCAGCCUCCUCUGGCCUCUCAGACAGGAGACCAGUGAGCUCCUCCGUGAGCUCCGGUGCCAGCCAGCCCCAGGAGUGCUGCCCAUCCAGCCGGUCCUCCUUCAGCGAGGGCAGGUCCCCCUUGGAGCAGCCCGGCUCUGUCAGCGCCUUCCACGUCCCCUCACCGAAAGACCCCUUCUCUCUGGCCAGCGAGAUGAGCUCCAGCACCACCAGCCAGAGCGAGGACACUUGGACAGGCAGUCAGGAUGAUCCACAGAGCGACGCUAACGACGGGCCGGAGUACCUGGCCAUCGGGAACUUGGGGCGCCGGGGCCGGGCGUGCAGCAGCGCCAGCACCAACAGCACCAAGAGCAGUAGCUCCAAACUCUUCUCCUCCAGCAGCUCGCAGAAGCUGGACUCGGUCUCAUCUCUGGGGGAGCAGGGGGCAAGCGGAGGUGGAAGCAGGGGCCUGAGCCUGUUGCGCCGGUCCAGCUUCUCAGAGGGACAGUCGUCGGCUCCCCAGAGCAUCCUCAAGAAGAGCCACGUGCGCUCGCACUCCGACACCAACGUGGCUUCGGGGAAGUUGCACGGAGGCCUCAGGGAUAUCACCAUUAUAAUAGAAGAUCCGGUGGCAGAGUCCCAUGGCGAUCCAGGCGGAGGGAGGGGGCUGGUCUCUGCUUCCACCCAGAGCAGCGAGCUCAGCACACCCAGCUCUCUCUACAUGGAGUACGACUCUGGCCAGUACAUGAGCUCGGGGGAGGGGAUGUUCAGAAGACCCUCGGAAGGGCAGUCCCUCAUCAGCUACCUCUCUGAGCAGGACUUCGGCAGCUGUGCAGACCUGGAGAAGGAGAAUGCCCACUUCAGCAUCUCAGAAUCCCUGAUCGCUGCCAUUGAGCUGAUGAAAUGCAACAUGAUGAACCGGCAGCUGGAGGAAGAGGAGGAAGACAGCGACAAGGAGAUCCAGGAGCUUAAACAAAAGAUUCGCAUCCGGCGUCAGCAAAUCCGCACCAGACACCUGUUCCCUACCUGCCAGGAGAUGGGCUCAGACAGUCUGAUGGCGACAGACAGUGGGUCCCAGUUCAGCUCCCACGGCUCCAUGCGCCUCUCUGACUCUGGCUCCGCGGAGGAUGUGGAAGAGUACGAGAUCCGAGAUGGUAACGAUGGAUCUAACCUGAUUCAAAUGUCCAAGGACGGCCUCUCAGUGUCAAUGGCUUCCUUGUUCUCAGAUGCAGACAUCAAGAGGAAUCCAGACUCCAGCAGGAAGUCCUUUCUCUCCUCGGAGUCCAUAUCCCACUCCUUCCUCAAUUCCAAUUCGGCGGAGGCUGUGGCCAUGGGCUUGCUGAAGCAGUUUGAGGGGAUGCAGCUCCCGGCUGCCUCUGAAUUCGAGUGGCUGGUCCCCGAGCACGACGCCCCACAGAAGCUCUUGCCCAUCCCCAACUCUCUGCCUAUCUCUCCUGACGACGGAGAACAUGCUGACAUCUACAAGCUGAGGAUUCGGGUGCGCGGAAACCUGGAGUGGGCCCCACCGCGACCUCAGAUCAUCUUCAAUGUUCACCCAGCCCCAACGAGGAAGGUGGCCGUAGCCAAGCAGAAUUACCGGUGUGCGGGCUGUGGCAUCCGGACUGAUCCUGAUUACAUCAAGCGGCUGCGGUACUGCGAGUACCUGGGGAAGUAUUUCUGCCAGUGCUGCCACGAGAAUGCCCAGACGGUCAUCCCCAGCCGCAUCCUGCGCAAGUGGGACUUCAGCAAGUACUACGUGAGCAACUUCUCCAAAGAUCUGCUGAGCAAGAUCUGGAGCGACCCGCUCUUCAAUGUGCAGGAUAUCAAUCCUGCCCUGUACCGGAAAGUGAAGUCCCUCAACCAAGUGUGGCUGCUGCGAAUCCAGCUUUUCCACAUGAAGAACAUGUUUAAGACCUGCCGGCUAGCUAAAGACCUCCUGGACUCCUUCGAUGCGGUGCCCGGCCACCUGACGGAGGAUUUGCACCUCUACUCGCUGAGCGACCUCAGCGCCACAAAGAAGGGGGACCUGGUUCCUCGGCUGACGGAGCUGCUGAAGGCAGGCAGCCUGCACGUGGAGAAGUGCAUGCUGUGCCAAGCCAAAGGCUUCAUCUGCGAGUUCUGCCAGAAUGAGGGUGACAUCAUCUUCCCAUUUGAGCUCAACAAGUGCAGGACGUGUGAAGAGUGCAAAGCCUGCUACCACAAAUCCUGCUUCAAGUCCACCCGCUGUCCCCGCUGCGAGCGGCUCCAAGCCCGGAGAGAGCUGCUGGCCAAGCAGAGCAUGGAGUCCUAUGUCUCUGACUAUGAAGACGAGCUGGAGCAGCCAGAGACCGUGGCAGCCACAUGAGUUUGUUGCAGCAGAGGAGCAGAUCAUGGAUUUAUUUACGUGCAUGGCCUUUGUCACCAGAGACUGAGCCACAUGGACUUGAGAUGAGGAGGAUCAUCCAGGCCUGGAGUGCUGUUUCAAAGGGAUCUGCUUUUCCCCGUGCAGUAGUACUGGGCUGGGGAAGGGGCAUCUUCCAUCAUCUGGGUCUGCUCCAGGUACCACUCGUGCUCCCCAAUGCCUUUGCAUGGGGAAAGGCGGCUGCUCCUGCUUGUCCUGCAGGCAGACCAGGGACCUUUCCAAGCAGUUCCUCAUGCUGGACCAGGCAGGGCUGUGCUGCCAGUCCCUGCGCCCUCCUCCCUGGCAGCAUCCCCCGAAGGGUCAGCACAUUCUGCCCAUCAGCUGGCUAUGAAGCAGCUCUGCCUGCAUCUGCUCCUCAGAGCAGGGAAAUCAGCCCUCAGAGUCCUCUGAUUUCCUGUCCUGCUGCUGGGGGGGUGUGCAUGGAGGGAGGGUGGGGGUUUGGGGUUGGUUGUACAUUUAACAGUUCCCUUUCUCAACUCUGCCUUGGGACACUGCCAGAGAGCAGUUGCUCUCUCUCCAGGGUCAGAGAACAGGCGGUGGCAGUGUUGAAAACCAGAUUUCUGCCUCACCUCUCUGUGCUGAGCUGCUUUCCCUGCCCUCACCUGCAGCUGGUGCUGCCAAGGGGCAACGUCCCCAGAGCAGCCACACAAGGAGACCAGUGCUGCUGGGAUUUUGGUGGAGACAGAGCCCAAUGGCUGGAGGAUGCGGUAAGAGAGGCUUCUAACCUCACUUCCUUCUCAUUAUGUCAGUCUGUGCUCUCAGGAGGACAUGUUCUCCUCCGAGGGUGACAUGGGACCUCACUCUGGUGGCACCAGGACUUGCCUUGUGUGCAGCUGCCUUUAGCCCGAGACGCAUCGGGAUGCGGGUCAAGGCUCAGCCCUCUGGCCGCAUGCCCCCCGCCUCUGUCUCGGUUUGUUCUUUUAGGUUGAUUUUUGGUUUUUAAUCUGCUGGAUUUGGUUUUAUUUUUUUAAUGCAAUUGUUUGUAUUUUUAACUGUGUGUUCUCACCCAAGGAGAUGCUGCUUGAAAUGCCUCUUUAGGGAGCAUGCAAUCUGCUUGGGACUCACCGGUGUAAAAACCUCCAGGGCUGCCCUGCUCCUGGUUCCUCACCCCUGGAUGGGGCUGGCGGUCGCCAGAUGUCCCCUCUCCCAGCAGAUCUCCUGCUGCCCUCGGGAGAGGGGUCCCUGAGCCAGGCAAAGCCUUGGGGCUGCCCAGGUGCAGUGCAGCAGGGUGGUCAGACAGCCCGCUCACAAUGGGGUGUGCAAUGGGGGAGAGGGAUUUAGCACUGGGGUGCUGCAAAGGGUUGGUCCCUCACAGCAUCCCCUGCAGUGCAGUGUUUUAGCCCAUGGCACAGGUGGGCACCCUGCACCACCUUAGCAUGGGUGGGAUGUGGGUGGCAGAGGUUUUUGGAAGGAUGGUGUGGCCUGUGUAAGUGCAAGAGGGCGCUGAGGGACUGGCGAGCAAUACACUGGCAGGAGGCAUCCAGGGGCAGUGGCUUUGGCAGCAUAUGCCCUGGCUGGAUGCUGGGAUGUGACUUCUCCUGGGCUGUCCCUUGGGAGGGUGGCAGGGUCAGGAGGAAGAGGCUGGGACCAGGAGAGGUGGCCGCAGGGCUUGGCUGGGGAGGGUGGCUGCCAGCCUCGCUGUUGGGGCCAGACUGCUGCAUGGCAACAUCUCCUGUGCUCUGCGGCAUCCUGACAAAGCCACAUCGAGCUCAGGAGAGGAGAUUCAGUUCCCUACUUGCUGGCCUGGGGUUUUGCCUCCUUCUGCCUUGCUUCUGCUUGUUUUCCCAAGGGGAGCAGCUUCUCUCCUGCUCACUCUCCAUCUCUGCAAGCCCUAGGGCUGCCAGAGGCUGCUUUGCCUUGGUCCUGCCUGACCCCAAGCUGAACCUUUCCACUGCCACCUGUAUCUGGCAUCCCCUUCCUUGGAGUUGCCUCUGCAGCACACCUCCAUCACCCUGUUUUGUUUGAAGCACUUUACUGUUAUGGGACAGCAGCUGGGAGGCUGCCCGUGUCCCUUUCUAGAAGCACUGAGUAUGUUUAGAGAAGAGUGAAGGGAUUUUGGGUUUAUGUGUGGUUUCCACCCUCCACCAUGGACUUUGUCUGGAAGCAGCAGGACUUACAAACCCAGGCGAGGGCUCCAGGGCAGGGUUGUGCCCAGCACCAAGCGCUACAACUAACACUGGAACUGGUCAAGGCAGUGAGAGCGAGGGGCUGCCCCAGCCACCAACUGGAGCCCUCCCCACAGGACUGUUGCACAGGAGCGCAAUGAAAAUGCCGUCCCUAAUAAACUAAGUUAAUACGGGG